GUGGAGGUUCUUGUCAGUCUGGUGUGUGUGUGUGUGGUGUGUAGUGUGUGGGGGUGGUGAUUGUUAGUCAUGGUACGACGCAGGUGUGCACAGGGUUGGAUUGUGGUAGGGGUGGUAGUUGUGGUGGUGGUGGGUAGUGUUCAUGGCGCUAUUGAUAUUGAAGCCUGGAAAGGGCAGGAGCCCCUCACCCCAGAGAGGAUUGUGAGGGAAGUAGUGGAGUAUUUCUCACAGCGGGAUCCACAUGGUAUCCCAGUAUUGAAGGUUCCUGAGCCCAUCGAGAUGCCAGACAGGAUAGCAGCAUCCCAGAUAACCCUCUGGGACCUGAAGAUAUCAGGUCACUCUGGCCUACGUCUCGAGUACAUCAACAUCAACCUCACUAGCUUCUCGGGGGCUAGGGUAAGAAUCAGUCUGCCAGCGAUCAAUGUCCAAGGGCAGUACAGCUGGCCAGGCUGGUGGUCCACUAGUGAAGGAGGCGCUAAUAUCACCAUGACAGGCAUCGAGGUCCUCCUCGACAUGAUGCUGAGUGUCAGUGACUCUGGAGUCCUCAUGGUGGAGACUCUCAAGAUAACGCUGACGUACGACAACCUGUAUCUGGACUUCGAGAACCUGACUACUCAACACUCUAUCCUGGUGAGCACUGCUGAUGUCUUCUUCAGCACCAUCAUCCAACCUCUCAUCAUCGGUAAUGCACAAGAUAAGCUUAAGCGCCUUCUGAACCAGCGCUUACAGGACAGACUUGCGAAUAAUACUUUCCCGGACUCCAUCUCCCCUGUGGACUACGCCGUUGCUAAGGCCAGAGUGGAGAUGAGGAAGAAACAGCUGGAUCCCCUCAAGCUGGGGAGAAGGGACAUCAAUCUAGCUUGGGGAAUCACUGUUCAGCUGAAGGACAUAGAGUUAACGGGCCUGGCAACGCUUCACCGUACUAGAGAAGUCUCCGCUCAGUUCAUCGACAACUCCGUUUUCUUCACAAUACAGAUCGGGACCCAGGAGCUAAAGGGUGGAGCAGAGUGGUCCAUGUCCGCCGCCCUGCUGCCUGCUGUAGGGGGCCACCUGACUCUGACGGUGGACAGCCUCAGCGUUACGGUAGAAGCAAAGCAACCGGCAAAUAUCCGGAGUCCCCCCACACUGAGGAAGAUUGAUGUCCAGCUUGGUAACUUGUCUGUUAAGUCAGCAGGGGAGGGCACCAUAGACUACCUGCUGGAGAUGCUGGUCAACAUCUUGCCCAAUGCCCUCAGGAAUGCCAUUAUGGAUAGAGUCGAACCCAGGAUACAACAGAUAAUUCAGAAACGCCUGAAUGGAGUCGACCUGUACAGGAUGGUUAUGGACCAGCUGGCGAAGAAGCAGCAGCAGCAGCAGCAGCAGCAGGAACAAGCACAAGCCGCUGCAUGAGUAACACCUUCUCAAGCUUCUUUGUGUGGCUUUGCUGCUUCUCAAGCCAGUCAGAGCUUUGUCUCUCUGUGUGAUAGACAUAUUUAUAAUUUUAAUGACAAUAAUAAUAAUGAGGAUUAUGAUGUAA